AUGUGCGAACGGCUGUACAGAAAAAUAAAAGAACUGGAGUGCGAGUCGAAUCUGUACCUAUCAAACAACAAGGCGCUAUUCGAGAGUAUAUACCAGCUGCUGAGGGAAGGGGUGCCCUCAAUCCCAAGCGCCUGCUAUGUUGACGACAAGGUGGCGGACAGAGAAACCAACCGAUAUGUGUUGACCAAGUAUAUAUACGACGCGGAUGACAUUAUCUACAAAGUGGAAGCACACUCGAAGGUAACCCUAGAGAAGGAAACAAACUUAACGGGAAAAUUAUUGGACGAAGAAUACUUAACAGAUAACGAAGUGGAGGAUAUACACAAAGGAGACAACUACAACGUCCUGGACUCAGUACAAAUAUACGUGGCACAUAACCAUUUCGAGCAUGUAUGGAAUGAGCAUACCAUGCAGUAUUUUCUGAGCUGUUAUCACGAUGAGCAGAAUUUAAAAAUACACACACACUUACUAGAAAAGGAGGAAUUUGGCUAUGACAUACAAAUUGAGUUAUUUGAAGUGCCAAGGACUCCAGAGAAGAUGCUACUCGUGGCAAGUCAUUUGUCAAAAAUACGAGAAGCUUUACAGUGUGGCCCGUUUAUGCAUUUCUUCCUGUCGAAGACACAUGUACAGGAAAAUUCUUUCGCUAAAUUUAUAAUUAGACGUAAUGAAGUCAUAUAUCUGCUCAAGAAAAACGACUACGUUUUGGUGAUUCUGUCUGUGCACUACGUCGAUAUGCAUGACCGCUGUAUCGUCCUGGGGGUGUGCAAAAACAUCCAUGCAACGACAAAGUCGAUGGAUUUGCAUGGACACCUGGACUUUUCCUUUUAUGCUGACUUCCCGGCUCACCUGGUGACCUCCGAGUUGUUCGUCUACGAGGGCGGAGACGAUGACGGCGACGAAGGGGACUGCCGCAAUUAUGACCCGUGCAGGGGGGGAAGCGGACACGCGGAUAGGGGAGAAGCUGGUGAGGGUGGCGAGGGUGGCGGUUCCAACGUGGCAAACUUGGCCAACUUAGCCGACUUGGCUGCUCCACCGGAUCGUGGACCCCCACCUCGGUGCAGCGCCCAGGCACAAACCACUGCCCCCAACGUCGGGUUCGUGGCCAUCAAAAUGGACGCCAAGUUGUUCACCGGGUGUAAGGACUUCUCCGAGCUGAUCCAUAUAUCCAGUAGAGUCUCCCACAUUAUUGUGUCCUUCCGAGAUUUCCUCAACAACGCCGUGGUGCUCUACCGAAUGCGGCGCCGGAGGGCCAUCUAA